AUGCCUUCAACGCCACGGACCAGACGUGCACUGGUGAGUGGUGGCAGUGUGGGCGCACCCGUGCCCAUCAGUGCAGUGUCCAGAGAGGGCAACGUGCUCGCCCAGAGACGGAAAGGGGGAGUGCGAGUGCGAGGCGGGCUACAUCAUGCAGAACGGCACCUGCACGGCCAGAGAAACUUCAUCCAGGUGCUCCCCAACCCUCCUGCCCCCGCUUCCCCUCUUGACUCUGCAUGCGGCUCCCUUCCCCUUGACGGCUUGCUGCAGACGAGGGUGGUGCUGGAGGGCCGCGACGACACGGCGCUGCUCACCUUCGAGAGCCCCGUGCCCAUGGCGCGCGCCACUGGCGCCACCGCCUGCACCAACGUGAGCGAGCUGGGCGGCAGCAGCACGCGGAUCAGCGUGGAGUGGACGUCCAUUGGUGUGCACACGGCGGGCGACGGCAUGUGCAAGAGCGUGUCGUUCCACGCCGACCCGCUCUGUGCCGACAAGCCGGGUUUGACCAUCGCCCGCCCUGCUGUGACCAAGAUCGGCGGCUUCUUCCCCAUCACGGAUAGGACUGUGAAAGCAGCCCCGCCUCAAUCAGUCAGCUGCGAGAUCACCACGUGUCACAAGGACUGCGGCACUGCACAGUGCGUGGUGAGGGGCGGCGUGUCCGAGUGCAAGUGCCCGUGGAGCCAGGUGUUCGACGACGCUCUCAAGCGCUGCACCAGCAAGUCGCCCAGCACUGACCCAGACCCCAGCGGAGGUGCGGGCCCGUGUGAGGCAGUGAAGUGUGCGAGGAACUCGCAGUGCGUGGCGAGGAACGGGCAGCCCACGUGCGCGUGUGACGCCGGCUACACCAAGGCCAGCAAGGGCCUCUGCACUGCCAUGUGCAAGCCGGGCUGCCCUGCCAAUGGCCAGUGCGUGGUGGUGGGAGGGAAGCCCCUGUGUCGCUGCAAGGCGGGCUUCCGACAGUACGAGAACGAAUGCAUACCGGUGUGCAAGCCUCUCUGCGGUGGCAAUGCGCAGUGCGUGGCGGUGAAAGGCAAGCCGGCGUGUGAGUGCAUCGCGGGGUUCAAGAUGACCAACAGCAAGUGCACACCCGUGUGCAAGCCUAGCUGCACCGCCAAUGCCCAGUGCGUGGCGGUGAAGGGAGCGCCGAUGUGUCAGUGCAGCACGGGGUUCAGGAUGGUCAGCAACAAGUGCACACCCGUGUGCAAGCCUGGCUGUGGUGCCAAUGCCCAGUGCAUGGCGGUGAGAGGGAAACCGGCGUGUCAGUGCAGCACGGGGUUCCAGCUGGUCAACAACAAGUGCACACGUACCG